UCCAAUUUGCUCUAACCCAUUUCCGCGAUGUAGUGUCAAAAAAUACGUUGGAGAUGUUACCGGGAAACGGUACCAUCGUAUUGGACACUGUUUGGGCCAUAAAUUUGGGCGUGAAAUCGUGCACUUCUGAAAGCAGUUCCACCGUUCUAUCAGCCACGCGUAAGAUGUACCAGAGCGUAGCGCAACUCAUAAAACUUUGCGAUGACGUCCUCAUCGAUGGAGACCAGAGUGCGGCCUUGGAUGAGAAAAAUGUCUGCGAUGUCCUAGCACAAGUCGAAAAUUCGGUCAAGAAUUUGAUAGCGCUGGUGCAAGAAAAAAUGGCAUUACAACAGAGCAUAUCAUAUAAAUCCCACGGGAACGCCAGCCUCGAUAUGCCAGCACAACGAAAUUCCCUACCGGACAUUCCUUUAACUCCUCGAGACAGGCAAAUUCUCGAGCAGACUUCCUGUGUAAGCGGAAAGGUACGAGGCAGUCACAGUUCCGAAUCUGUCCUACGGGAUUCGAGUCCACCACCCAAACCGCCCAUUCCAGACGGAAUAUUUUUUAGCAUAAGUCGGACGGAAGUCGACGAUGCUGACACGCCCCCUCCGCUUCCGCCAAAGAAAAAAGUGAACAGAAGUUACCAGCCAGUUGACGAAUGCUUUAGUAGUAAUAAUUCCUUAUUUAAUUCUAGUCUAGAAAGGUAAAUGGCUAUAAUUGUG